UUUGGAGUCUGGGUGGGAGGAGAAAGAAGAGAAAAGGGGAGGGGCCGACUGGGCAGGGUCCGGGGAGGGGAGGAGCUUAGGGCCCCGCCUCCUCGCUGCAGCGCCGCGGGCCUGGAGCAGCUGCAGCCUCCGCCCCAGCUGUGGGACCCAGGAAUCCGAGGUGGUGGGAGCUGGCGGGUGCCAAACGGCGGCAUGCGGGACUCAGAGGAUGCAGCCAUGCGGCCUCCAUUGGCAGCUGAGGAAGAGGAGGAUGCAGGGUCUGAAGAGGAGGAGUUAUGGGAGAAGAUUGAGGGUGUCCGGCACAAGCUGACUCGAGCCCUCAACCCUGCCAAGCUCACCCCAUAUCUGCGCCAGUGUCGAGUGAUCGAUGAGCAGGAUGAAGAGGAGGUGCUGAGCACCUAUGGUUUUCCCUGCAGGGUCAACCGGACUGGGCGACUGAUGGAUAUCCUGAGAUGUCGAGGCAGGAGGGGCUAUGAGGCUUUUCUGGAGUCCUUAGAAUUCUAUUAUCCAGAGCACUUCACCCUGCUGACUGGGAGGGAACCUGCUCAGCGCUGCUCCAUGAUUCUGGAUGAGGAAGGUCCUGAGGGCCUGACCCAGUUCCUGAUGACAGAAGUGAGGAGGCUGCGGGAGCAACGCAAGGCUCAGCUACAGAGGGAGCAGCAGCUGCAGGCCCAGACCCGGGCCCUGGAGGAGGAGCGGGCCACGUUGGAACGCAAGCUAGGGGAACAGCUGCAGGCCCAGGAACGGUGCCAGCGACUCCGGGAGGAUUGGGAAUCCAGCAGCCUGGAACUACUGAGGCUCAAGGAGGAGAACUACAUGAUAGCCAUGCGCCUAGCACAGUUGAGUGAAGAAAAGAACACAGCUGUCCUGCGCAGCAGAGACCUGCAGCUGAUGGUAGAUCAGCUUCGGUGCAAGGUGAGCCGGCUGGAGGAAGAGUGUUCCAUGCUCCGGGGGCAAGCCAGAAGCCCAGCCCCCUCAGUUCAGGAGACAGAGGACAAGGAGCCUGAGGUGCCAGACCUCAUUUCCGAGCUGCAGGCGGAGAAUCAGAGACUGGCGACUUCCCUUCGAGAGCUUCAGGAAGGCCUAAAGCAGGUCCUGAGUGCUCACCUGGAGGGUUGGCCUGGCUCAGAACGGAUCAUCUUGGACAUCUUAGAACAUGACUGGAAGGAAGCUCAGGAUGACCGACAGGAACUCUGUCAGAAGCUUCAUGAUGUUCAGGGUGAGCUCCAGUGGGCUGAGCAGCUUCGGGACAAGUAUCUACAGGAGAUGGAAGACCUGCAGCUCAAACAUCGAACCCUGCAAAAAGACUGCGGCCUCUAUAAACACCGCAUGGCCACUGUCCUGGUGCAGCUAGAGGAGAUCGAGAAGGAGAGGGACCAGGCCAUCCAGAGCCGGGACCAUAUUCAAGUCCAGUAUUCCAAGAGUUUGGUUGAGAAGGACCAAUAUCGGAAGCAGGUGCGAGGCCUGGAGGCUGAAAGGGAUGAGCUGCUGACCACGGUCACCCGGCUGGAGGGGGCCAAAGGCUUAUUAGAAGCCCAGCUCCAGCGGGCCCAGGGCUGUGUUGGCAUGAAGGCCUGCAACUCUUCCCACUCUCUGUGUUCCAAUGUCAGUAGCACUUGGAGUCUGAGCGAGUGCCCCUCUCUGCUGGGGGGUCCAGACAUGACUGGGGAGACCACCACUUCAGGGGGAUCUGAGCCCCAUGCAUUGGAGGAGUCCGUGGAUAGUGAGAAGGAAAUCAACCGUCUUUCGAUCCUCCCCUUCCCUCCUAGCGCUGGCUCCAUCCACCGGCGGCAGCGAGAGGAAGACCCGUCCCCCCCAAAGAGGUCCUUCAGCAGCACCUCAGACAUACCAGGGAGCAUCACCCUCAAGACAUGGUCUCCUGGGCUUUCCUCCUCCUCCUCCUCUGAUGUCCUGUGGUCCACAGGGAAGACAGAUACCAUGGCUGCCCGAGGCUGUGCCUCUGAGCUGCUGACGAGGUCUCUAGCUAUUCGAGGGUCAUCAAGACAGAGUCCUCCAGGUGGUCCAGAGCCCCAAGAGAAGGGGACAGAGAGCACAUCUUUCCUCGGGAAUAACCACUCUGGGGUGGUGCUUCGUCGAGCAUUGUCGGGUCCAGGAACAGAAUCCACAAUGGAGGUGCGGGAGGGCCACCAAUUUUUAGAGGUGAGAAGAGACAAUCCAAGCCCAGAGGAUGCUCAGGCCCAGCUGAGCACCUUGCACUGGAAUGAGGCUACCACCUUCACUUUCUUCCAGGAUAUGAAAGUGUGCCCAUCCCUCAGGGAAUACUCUGAUGCCACCUGCAAGAAGGGAUCUUCAGGAGCCGGUUCCUUCUAUGUCCGAGCCAACUAUCCCUUGCCUGAGCAGGCUGACCCCCGGGCUCUGUGUGUGAAAGGACAGGAGAUCCUGCGCGUGGUAGAUCCGGCCUAUAAGGGUCGGCCCGAGUGGUACUGUGCCCGGGUCGACCCCCUCACCCUUCGAGACCUGGACAGAGGCACAGUGCCCAACUUCCGGAGAGCCCAGCAGCUUCUGGAGGCCCAGGACAAGUACCCACACUAUGGUCGCUCCAGGAGUCACCGGAGUAAUCUAAAGAAACGUGCCCUAGACCAGCUGCGUUUGGUGAAGCCCAGACUCUCGGGGGGGCCAGGUGAUCCCCAGGAGCAGUUGUUGCUAGACCCUUGCUCAGAUCCUGACCGGAGCUCCAAGCCCUACAGCUUGGUCCGGCCCCUGCUCGUGUCCUCACUCCGUCCCGUGGUGCUGUCCCCCGAGUGCCUGGCCCCCCGGCUAAUCCGAAACCUGUUAGACCUGCCUUCUUCCCGCCUGGAUUUCCAUGUGUGUCCCUCAGAGAGCCUCACUGGAGAGGAGCAGCUGGUCCCCGCGGCUCCCGGCGCCCCCUCCGCCCGUCCUGUUCCUCAGGGUCUGGGUGUGAGGAUCCGGACCAUCCAGGAGUCUAUUGGCAAGAACAAACACUGCUUGCUAGAGCUGAGCCCCCAGAGCGUGAGGGAGUUGGUGAGGAGUGAGAUCUACCCUAUUGUCAUCCAUGUGGAUGUGACCGAAAAGAAUGUUCGGGAAAUCAGGAGUUUGCUGGGCCGACCAGGUUGGCGAGACUCGGAGCUCCUGAGGCAGUGCCGAGGCUUGGAGCAUUUGCUGUGGGACCUGCCAUGCUCCUGGGCACGGGUGGACACACACGCCUGGGCCCACGCGGAAGAACUAGCCAAGGUGGUCCGGGGCCGUAUUCUCCAGGAGCAGGCCCGGACAGUGUGGGUGGAAUGUGGCGAGAUCUGAUGGCUGCUGCCGUUGGGGCUGGGGACCCAGCCGGUCUGGGGCCUCCCCAGGCCCCCCGGGCCUGCCUCUGCUCCCCCUGACGCGCUCCUUCUCCAAGCACUUUGAAGAUGGCACCAGCCUCCCUCUCUGUGGGAGCCGGUCUGUGGCUGCCCCUUUGGGAAGACUGAACUCUGGCUGAUGGGAGGUGGCUGUCCUGUUCUGCGUCUCCUAGCUGGGUGUGGAGGGCCCGGGAGUGCGGAUGCUUCACUGCCAGGCCUUCUCCAUCCCUCUCCUUUCUCCCGAGCAGCCUUUCAGCUCUAGGCUCCCAUCCAGGAAGAGCCUGUCCUUGGCCUCUUAAGAACCUUUUUUUCCUCUCCAACCCUUCCCUUCUGGCUUGGAAUCAAUGCCAAGUGUUGGUGCCAGGGCAGAAGAGCGGGAAGGGUUAAGACAGGACCUCCGGCCUCUAGACCUGGCGCUCUACCCCGAGCCACCUCACACCCCCGGAAUCUUUAGAGAUCCUUAACCUGGUCCGUAGCUCCCCCCCACACAAGCGAGAUCUCUGUGAACUUGGAUGGGACAAAACCGCCAUCUUUCCUUUAAUCUUCUAACCUCAACUUCGGAUUUCCUUCAACCAUGAAUGUAGCCAACGAAGCAUGAUCCUGUGGAGGGGUCCCUGGGGGCCCCCAGACUUUUCCCUCGUGGGGUCCAGGCCACAAAGUGAAGAAGCCCCAACUCCAGGGGCCGCAAGUCUGGCUGCCAUUCCUUCCGUGUGCCCCCUCGUCCUGUUCCUUGGGAUGGAGGGAUGCUCUCCUACACAUGCCUUCUCCUGUGCGUACAUGUGCUCCCUCAUCCACAUAGCUUUUACAUGUGUGCCCACAAGUAUACCCAGUGGCACAAGACACAGAGCAGCCACACUAGCAUGACCUUGCCAUGUUCACAAACACACACGCUCACACAUGACCACAUCACACGUGCUUCUGUGCCCAUUUUCUCACUCAAAUGCAUCAUAGCAAGGGGGAAGGGACUUCAGAGCCAUCGAUCCCAGGCAUCCCCCCCCAUUUUUUCAGAGAAGGAAACAAACCCAGGAAGAGGGAGGGACUUUCUGAAGGGCAGGAUUCGAAUCCUGGUUCUCUGGGUCCAAUUCCAGAUUUCCUUCUCCUGUUCCACGUUGUUAUUAUGUCAUCUGUGCCCACAAUGUAAUACAUGUGCCCUAUGUGAAUCUGUGUGCUCCUGUAUGCACUUGCUCUCAUUGGUGCUCAGACACCUUACUUACAUGUUCACAUACAUGCAUGUCUUUGCCAUCUAGCAUGUGUGUAAACAUCCAUGUACACUCCCCGCCCUUGCAAUUUACCCAUGUUCAUGUGUGUCUCCGUGUUCCCACAUGUGAUCACAUUUCCGUGAUCUCACAUGCAGUGUCACCCCAGCUUUUGCACACGUGUGUGUCUGCACAUACCUCGGUCCCCCCUCUGUGAGACACUGAAUGGAAGCUGCAGAAACUUCUGUGGCUGGCUAGAACUGGAGACUGUAAUGUGUAUAAAUUAUUAAGAGCCUCUUUAUUAGGAAUCUGGUGUACAAAGAAGAAAAUUAAAUGCCAUUUGUAACAGAA